GCGGCGGGCGGUGGGGCAGAGGCGCGCGCCCGAGCUGCGGAGCGGCGGCAUGGAGGAGCCCCCGGCGUGGGAGAACGACGGCCUGCUUCCUCUGGAAAGGCAGCUCCAUGAAGCUGCCCGUCGGAACAACGUCGGAAGGAUGAAGGAACUGAUCGAGAGGAAAGUCAACAUCAGGGCCAGAAACCACGUGGGCAGGGUAGCCCUGCACUGGGCUGCGGGUGCAGGGCAUGAGCAAGCUGUGCGGCUGCUCCUGGAGCAUGAGGUUGCUGUGGACGAUGAGGAUGCGUUUGGGAUGAACUCGCUUCUCCUGUCUGCCUGGUUCGGCCACUUACAGAUCCUGCAGAUCUUGGUCAACUCUGGGGCCAAGAUCCACUGCAAGAACAAGGACGGCCUGACCUUACUACACUGUGCAGCCCAGAAAGGCCACGUGCCAGUGCUCGCAUUCAUAAUGGAAGACCUGGAGGAUGUGCCCCUGGACCAAGCUGACAAGCUGGGAAGGACAGCGUUUCACAGGGCUGCUGAGCAUGGGCAGCUGGACGCUCUGGACUUCCUUGUGGGCUCUGGCUGCGAGCACAGUGUGAAAGACAAGGAGCCCUUCUGCCUGCAGGAGGGGAACACAGCCCUUCACCUGGCUGCUAGCCGCGGCCACCUGACUGUGUUGCAGCGACUCGUGGACAUCAGGCUGGACCUGGAGGAGCAGAAUGUGGAAGGUCUGACUGCCCUACACGCAGCGGUUGAAGGCAGCCACCCUGACUGUGUGCAGCUGCUCCUUGAGGCUGGGAGCAGCGUGAACGCCCUCACCCAGAAAAAGCAAAGCUGCCUCCACUACGCAGCCCUUGGUGGCUCUGAGGAUGUGGCCCGGGCCCUCAUCCAUGCAGGAGGCCACACCAACAUAGCUGAUCAUCAGGGAGCCUCUCCUAUGCACCUCGCUGUGAGGCACAACUUCCCCGCCUUGGUCCAGCUCCUCAUUGACGCAGGCAGUGACCUGGAUGCCACUGACAAUAGGCAGCAGACGCCCCUCCACCUUGCUGCUGAGCACGCCUGGCAGGACAUAGCAGAGAUGCUCCUCGUCACUGGGGUUAACUUAAACCUGAGAGAUAAGCAAGGGAAAACUGCCCUGGCAGUGGCCGCCCGCAGCAACCACAUCAGCCUGGUGGACAUGAUUAUAAAAGCUGAUCGCCUCUACAAAUGGGAGAAGGAUCACGUGUUGUGCAGGGACCCCAGGGAUCCCUCUGGGAAGAACUUGACCUUUAAGCAGGACCAUCGGCAGGAAACGCAGCAAUUCCACUCUGUGCUGUGGCGACUGGCUUCCAGGCAUCUGCGGCCUCAAGAGUGGAAGAAGCUUGCGUAUUGCUGGGAGUUCACCGAGGCCCACGUCCAUGCCAUCGAGCAGCAGUGGACAGGCAUCAAGAGCUACCAGGAGCAUGGCCACCGGAUGCUGCUUAUCUGGCUGCAUGGUGUGGCCAUAGCUGGUGAGAACCCCAACAAAGCACUGUUCGAGGGCCUCGUGGCCAUUGGCAGGAGGGACCUGGCUGAAAGCAUCAGGAAGAAAGCAAAUGCUGACCCGGGUACCCCCAGGAGGUGUACAGCCAUGUAACUGGAGAGGCCAGACCUUCAGGGGCAUGGAGACUCAGAAUGGGGGCCCCUGAACAGAAGAGGACCACCAUUUAAGGGCUUUUAAAAAAUCACUGUUAACAGACCUCCAGCUGCUUGUACUGAAACACCCAGCCCUGCAGGACCAGCAGGCACUGUUUGUAAUCUCUUUCACAGGGGUUAGUCCAGGGGCCAGUUCAGGUUUUGCAGGUAAUCCCCUCCCACAGGUGCAGUCCUUUGCAGUUCUUGGAGCAUCACAGCAGUCCCCUGAGAUUCAAGGGCCAUCUUUUCAGAAAGGACACUGAGGCUCAGAAUGGAUAAGCAGCUAAUCGGCUGUUGGGGUCAGGUGCCAAACCCAGCAUUCCUGUCUCCCCAACCUGGCAAAAGGACUCCAACUGUCACUUACAAAACGGACCUCCUUUAACUCAUUCACUGGCUUUUAAUGAAUGCUGUGCUUACAAAAACAGUGUUUCUGUUCACAAGCUUAUUUAUAUGCUUUGACAGUUCUAAGAGGUACACACAUUCUUUUUUUCCCAUUUUGUUUAGAAAUUUAAUUUUAAAAAUUUAUUUUUAUUAUUUUUUUGAGAGAGAGAGAGAGAGAGAGAGAGAGAGCACGCGCAUGCAUGG